GGGAGAAGGAAGAAAAAACCCCGCAUUGCCAAUAUACGCCCGUGACAGCCCCUCGACAGCCCCUCGACAGCCCCUCGUUUCUCCAACCUCUAGUCCAGUUGCUCACAUUACACCGUACUCAUUCAUUCACCUCUCUCACGCUUUCGAAACAAGACUUUCCUCGCCCAUCCCUACCUCCCUACCUCCCUAUAGCGGCAGAUCAACCGACAACCAUGGCGCCGAUCCAGCAAUGGACAGUGGAGGAGCCCUACCUCAACCUGCACUGCGCAUUGGGCGAGGGACCGUACUACGAGAAAGAGACCAACACGCUGCGCUUCGUCGACAUCAAAAAGCACCGGGUCCACAGCGUCAACCUCGGCGAGGGCCCUUCGUCCCUCAAGACCCUCCAGCUCGACGGGCCGGUCGGCGUGACGGCCGACAUUGAGGGCGUCGACCCGGCAGAGAAGAUCCUCGUCGGGCUCAAGUACGGACUCGCGGUGCUGGACCGCCGCACCGGAGAGUACGAAUACAUCAACAAGACGUACGAACCGCAUAAUGAGCGCGUGCGCACCAACGACGGCGCCGUGGACCCCAACGGCCGGUUCUGGUUGGGAUCCAUGACCGACUUUAACCUCGGUGACUUUCAGCCUGAAGGCGGCCUACACCGCUUCGACGGCAAGACCCCCCAACAGCAAGUCCUCACCGACCUCACGAUCCCCAACUCGAUCGGCUGGUCCCCAGACACCAAGACCAUGUACUUCACCCACUCGUCCGCCCGGACCAUCCACGCCUUCGACUACGACGCCGCGGCCGGCGGGCGGUACGGCGCGCCGCGCGUCUUCUACGUGCACGACGGCCCCGGCGAGCCCGACGGCUUCCGCGUCGACGAGGAAGGGAACCUCUGGCACGCCGUCUACGGCGAGGGCCGCGUGCUCAAGAUCUCGCCCGCCGGCCAGCUCGUCGGCGAGGUGCGCCUGCCCACGCGCAACAUCACCUGCACGCAGUUUGUCGGGACCGAGUUGUUCUGCACCACGGCGUCCAUGGAUCCCGGCGACGACGGCGACGACCGGGCCAGGGAGCUGGGGGGUGCUUUGUUCCGCGUUGAUGUUGGGGUGCGGGGGGUGGACUUUUACCGGUUUAAGCUGGAGUGAAAAUGGAAAAAAAAUGAUUUUUUUUUUCUCCUUUUUUUUUCUCCUUCACUUCAUCACGAGAAACGAACCAGCGAGAGAAGGAAUAAAACAAGAGUCAUAGUCGACAUGGAUGGCUGGGGAUAGAC